GCCUUCUCUGCCCUGGCAUCGUUUCGAUGCUAGCUGAGCGUCCAAGUGGCCUCCACCCUGUGCUGCGGCUGGGACACCCACCUGCCAUCACAGCAGGAGGCGAGGAUCCCGAGGACGAGCCCCCUCCACCUCCCCAGAGGACUGUCUCCUCUCCUACAGGUUUGUCCUCUCCCACCUCCGCACCUCCACCUGCUCCUGCUCGCAGGCCUUUGUGCUUACAAUCUCGCUCUAGCCUUACUGUCUCAAAGACUGAAUACACUCUUAAUUCAUCAGAAUCAUUAAUUGUAAAAUGGGACAUCAAGGAAGAAAUAUCAUCUUCUGAUUGGAUUGGAUUGUAUAAAACAGAUGAAACUGAUCCAGCUAGAUUUCUGGAGUGUAAAACUAGACGCCCAUCAACAACUGCAAGAGGUCAAAUUUCAUGGACAAUAGAAAAGGAUGACUUCUUUACUGAAGAUCUAACUAAUGUGUGCUUUAAAUAUUAUCAUGGAUUAUCCGGAAUGUUGCGAGCAGUCAGUUCCGUGGUUACUGUUAAAAGGUUCCCAGAUUCCUGUGGACCUCAAAAUAGUCAUGGGACUGAUGAUGUGUUGGUGGGAUACUCCUCUCAGCAAUAUCCUGUAGAGAUGGUGAAGUUCACUUUAUCUAAUCUCCAUGCAAGAAAUUUGAAAAAGGGGAUGUUUUUCAACCCUGAUCCCUAUGUCAAAAUAUCUAUACAACCUGGAAAAGGAGAAGGUGUUUUACUUUUACCUCAUCAUGGUCAAGUUUGUCGAACUGGUAUUGCUGAAUCAACAACGCAUCCAUCUUGGCCAGGACAGUUUGAAUUCAUAGCCUAUCCUUCUGAUAUUCUUGACUUUGAAGUGAAAGAUAAGUUUGCUAAAAGUAGGCCAAUAAUUAGUCGUUUCUUAGGAAAAUUUUCUGUGCAGAUUUGUCUUUUGCUUGAUCAAUGUACUGGUGUUCCAAUCGAAUUCAGUUUCAGUUUGUGCAAUAAAAACCCAUCUGAUCAUGUCACAGGACAAUUAUCUUUUACCUUUACAUUAGAAAAUGGUCCAGUUGACCCUUGGACUCACAUUAGACAAGUUCAUAAUCCAAUUUAUGCAACUGAUCUUUCUGAUUCACAAAUAACUGGGUCUUCCGUCCCAAAUACGCCUCAACACAUUGUACUUUCUAGUCGAUCAGCUCAAAUGCCAAAUGGUAAUUUGUCUGGGAAUGGCAGCAGCCAUUCUGUUGCUGGGUCUCGUGCCUCUGAAUCUUCAAGAAGAGAAGGACAACCUCGUAGUAUUCGCUCUGGGUCAGAUCAGAGCAUAAACAGUAUUACAGCAGCUCCUCCAGCAAGUAGAAGAGCAUCACAAGCUUCAGUUACUCGAUUAUCUAUUGCAUCAGUACCUGCAACAACAGCUAGCAGCAGCAGUAUUUGCAGCAUCAAUUCUUCCACAGUGGCCUUUACUAAUAUGGAAUAUGUACUUCAGCCUGCAACAGAUGCUGCCAACAGUAUUGAACCUUCUCCAAAUCCAACUCCAGCGAAAGAAAUGGAUGUUCCCCCACCUCUUCCACCUAAACAAAAAUCAGCAAAAGGGCAUCGUCCAUUAGAGCGAUCUAAAGCUCACCUUGUUGGGCCCAGCACAUCACAAGAGAGCUCAUCUACUAGCAGAACAGAAACUGUGGAUUCUAGUCAGGUAUCUACUCAGAAACCAAAACUAACUAAACCGGAAGACAGCUUUUUGCUCGAGAUUGUCGAUACAGAUGAACAAAAUAAUAACGCAGAUGAUGAUGAUGCCACUCCGUGCAUUGAAAGUGAUGAAAAUGUUGUUACAUUGCCAGCGUCUGUAUCAGUUCCUCUCCUCAGAGAUUCUAGUCCUCCACCUCCAGCAUUACCACAAAGAACGUCAAGUGGUGCCACUAGACCAGUUGCACUACCUGUUCAUCCUAUUGGUACAGAUAAUUAUACAGAUGGGUAUUACAUUAAUCAGACUCAAAUGCAUGAAUAUCAAGGAGCACAGCGCACUGCUCCAUUAGCAACUCCUGAGCAUGAUUCCAUUCAUGAGGGAGGCCCAUCUCUCGAAAACAUAAACGAGGCAGUCAAUUUUGAAGGUGAAGAUGAAACGCCUAUAUUAAAUUACUCGGAGUUAGAGCCGAGCAUUAAUGAGUACAGUUCUUCAGAUCUCGACCACGAGACAUAUCUCAGUCUCAGUGAGGCUAGCGAUUUGGCCCGCAUUGCGAAUUCCAUGGAUCAGAUGACAUCCGAGUUUGGUGAGCUUAACAUCGAUAAUGAUGAAAUCCCUGGUAGUUACAGUGUUUGUGUACCUGAUGUUGUCACUCCGCCGUGCAGCAGCCCCUCAUCCCAAACACUUAGUGCCAGCGAAAAUGAAGAGCCGCCGUGCGACGGAGACAGUGUGCAAAGAAACGGUUCCUAUGGCUCAGACUCUGAUUCCGUUGACAGAGACAAUGCGCUUGCGUAUCACGAUGCCAUUGCACAGGAACCGUCCCUGCCAAGUUGUGCUACAACACCGGACAUGCCCUCAACUUCCAGAACUGGGAUGCAUUGUAGCACCAGCUCUCUCAGCUUAUUAUCAACACCAGAUAGUGUUCAGACUCCGGUUUCUCCCGGGUUGGUUGUCAGUCCAGCUAGUGAUGACCUCAGCCCUGUAAGCCCCACAGAUGAAACAUCUGACGAUGGCCCCUCUCCCUUAAGGACUUCUCCAUCUUCCGAAGAGAGGGAUAGCUUACCUGUGUCACAAUCUUGUGUUUCAAAUCAUGUUUCAUUCAUUAGGCCAGAUUCAGAUUUAUGGGCUCAAAGAAGAAAUUCUCUAGGAAAUUUUGCAUCUAGGCCUCUCUUAUGUACUGGUCGAGAUCAGUUUCAAGUUUCAACUUUACAACAUUUUCCUACUACACGAUUGCCUUCUAUUCCGGAAAGAACAAUUAGGUACCAAAGGGUUGAUUUGGAAGAUCCAUUACCUCCACAUUGGGAAGCACGAAUUGACAGCCAUGGUCGUAUUUUUUAUAUUGAUCAUUUGAAUCGUACUACAACAUGGACAAGACCUACAGCUUCACAGCAGCUUACUCUUGGAACAGCUAGUGAAUUACAACGUCAACAAUUAGACCGCAGGUACCAGAGCAUAAGAAGAACUAUAACAUCUCGUGCUCACGAGGAAAAUGCAACUAGUGUUACUCCUGCCUCUACUUCAACAACAGUGCCUUCUUCAUCUAGCCCAGAGAACCAAAGAAUCUUGUUAUUGCGGUCACCCGCUGUCCGUUUUUUGACACGUCCAGACUUCUUAAAUGUUCUUCAUAUGAAUGAUGAAGCUUUAGCAGUCUACAAUAGAAGUUCUUCAUUGAAACAUAUGAUAACAAAAAUAAGAAGAGAUCCUUCUGGAUUUGAAAGGUAUCAGCAUAACAGAGAUUUAGUAAGUCUUCUGAAUAAGUUUGCUGAUACUGCUCGUGAUUUACCCAGAGGUUGGGAAACAAAAUUGGAUAGAGCUGGUAAACAAUUUUUCAUUGAUCAUACAUCUCGAAGUACAACUUUCAUUGACCCAAGAUUGCCUAUUGAAACCCCUUUUGUCAAUCCAAACAAGCUUCCUGUUCCCCUUGCAAGGAGAAGAAGUCGUAGUGCUGGUGAAGAAGAAAUAAGGCCUGAUACAAUUCCUUUGUCAACAACUCAAGGGCCUGUGCCGCCUCCUCGCCCGCCUGCUACAACGUCGACUACUGUGCCUCAUGUUGUUCCCCAUGUGCCAACUGCCUACAAUGAUAAGGUUGUAGCAUUUUUACGACAGCCAAACAUAAUGGAUAUACUGAAGGAGAGACAUCCCAUUAUUGCAUCUAAUCAAGCAUUGAGGGAUAAAGUCAAUGCUGUCAGAACAGAUGGUACUGCUGCAAUCGAAAGGUUUAGUCAUGAAAUAGAUCUUACAAUUUUGCUAAGUUUAUUUGAGCAAGAAAUAAUGUCUUAUAUCCCUGCUCAAUUUACGAGCAAUGGUAGCAGCAGCAGCAGUAGUAGUAAUCAUCGUUCUCCUCGUACGUCACCUCAGCCGUCUCCGCAAGCAUCUCCUGGCCUUCAACGAGCAAAUGUUAGGGCUCCAGCUCCUUAUAGGCGAGAUUUUGAAGCUAAGUUACGCAAUUUCUACAGAAAAUUAGAAUCUAAAGGUUAUGGCCAAGGCCCUGGGAAGAUGAAAUUGAACAUCAGAAGAGAUCACCUACUUGAAGAUGCAUUUACUAAAAUUAUGGCUGCAUCAAAAAAAGAUUUACAAAAAUCGAGACUUUAUAUCAGUUUUGCUGGAGAAGAAGGGUUGGAUUACGGUGGACCAUCACGUGAAUUCUUUUUCCUCUUAUCUCGUGAACUUUUUAAUCCUUAUUAUGGCCUUUUUGAAUACUCUGCAAAUGAUACGUACACUGUACAAGUAAGUCCAAUGUCUGCCUUCGUUGACAACCAACAUGAAUGGUUUCGAUUUAGUGGAAGAGUUUUGGGGCUUGCAUUGGUCCAUCAGUACCUUCUGGAUGCUUUUUUCACAAGACCUUUCUAUAAAGCAUUGCUAAGAUUGCCUUGUUCAUUAAGUGAUUUGGAAUAUUUGGAUGCAGAAUUUCAUCAGUCCUUGUUAUGGUUGAAAGAUAAUGACAUAUCUGAUAUGGGCCUUGACUUAACUUUUUCUGUAACUGAAGAAGUUGCUGGUCAAAUAGUAGAAAAAGAAUUGAAACCAAACGGAAAAAAUCUGGGGGUUGCAGAGAGAAACAAAAAGGAAUAUAUUGAAAGAAUGGUUAAAUGGAGACUUGAAAGAGGAGUGGCUGAACAAACAGAGUCGCUUGUUAAAGGAUUUUAUGAGGUUGUUGAUCCUCGUCUUGUAUCAGUGUUUGAUGCACGUGAAUUAGAGCUUGUCAUUGCUGGUACUGCUGAAAUUGAUAUCUGUGAUUGGAGGAAAAACACUGAAUAUCGCUCUGGAUAUCAUGACAAUCAUCCUGUUAUCCAGUGGUUUUGGCUUGCUAUUGAAAAGUUUGAUAAUGAAAGGCGAUUAAGGUUGUUACAAUUUGUGACGGGAACAUCCAGUGUUCCAUAUGAAGGUUUCGCUGCUCUCAGAGGCAGCAAUGGCCCAAGAAGAUUUUGUAUUGAAAAAUGGGGAAAACCUACUAGUUUGCCUAGGGCACACACAUGCUUCAACAGAUUAGAUCUUCCUCCUUAUACAACAUAUGAAAUGCUUUAUGAAAAACUGCUUCUUGCUGUGGAAGAAUCUAGCACUUUUGGCAUUGAGUGAUCAAAUAAAUUAUGUUGCCUGCUAUCUGCUUUUAUUGAUCACUCAAUGCCAAAUGUUGAGUGUCAAAGGCCCUUCUCCGAAUGUGUCGCUUAGACCGUUCCGUGUGCGUCGAGAGGGGCAUUCCUGUGGAAUAAUGGAAGCUUUGUGGUGACAAUCUGAUGUUCUGAUACUGGCAUGUUUUGCCUGGGACUUGGGUACC